UCUUGUUGUGUCAAUACUUCAGGUAUCCUGGCAGAAUAUUCUGAUACUUGUAGUGUCAAUACUACACUGACACUUGCAGUACCAAUAUCACUGUUACAAAUCUGAAGAUUCUGUGAAUACUAAAUAUAGUGUUAAUACAGUGACUACACUAAAAGCAUAGUUAAGUAAAUUAAUAAACGACAAUAUCAUUACUCAUUAUGUUGAAAACAUCUGAAAAACUGUGUUUUAAGGCAAAGCAACGUACAGGUGUUGAUGAACAUUCACACUCGCUACAACACCCUUCUCAAGAACUUCAGUGCGUAUCUCUCACCCAACGUUCAGUGUGUCUUAAAGAGUUUUCUGAUAAUUGUAAUUUACUACAACACAUGAGAACUCAUAGUGGAGAAAAACUAUAUCAAUGUUCAGUAUGUCUGAAAAUUUUUUCUAAAAAAUAUACUUUAAAAAGGCACUUGAUCAUUCAUACUGGAGAGAAACCAUAUCAGUGUUCACAAUGUCCAAAAGAUUUUCCACAAAGGUCUGAAUUAGUAUCUCACAUGAGAACUCAUACUGGAGAGAAACCAUAUCAGUGUUCACAAUGUCCAAAAGAUUUUUCACGAAGUUCUGAAUUAGUACGUCACAUGAGAACUCAUACUGGAGAGAAACCAUAUAAGUGUUCAGUGUGUCUGAAAAACUUUACUAGAAAAACUUAUUUAGAAUAUCACAUUAGAACUCAUACAGGAGAGAAACCAUAUCAGUGUUCACAAUGUCAAAAAGACUUUUCACAAAGGACUGAAUUAGUAUGUCACAUGAGAACUCAUACUGGAGAGAAACCAUAUAAGUGUUCAGAAUGUAUGAAUACCUUUUCUCAUAGAUCAACAUUAGUAAAACACAUGAGAACUCAUACUGGAGAGAAACCAUAUAAGUGUUCAGUGUGUCUAAAAGACUUUUCUCAUAGAUCAACAUUAGUAGAUCACAUGAGAACUCAUACUGGAGAGAAACCAUAUCAGUGCUCAAUGUGUCUGAAAAACUUUUCUCGAAAAUCUGGUUUAGUAAGUCAUAUGAGAACUCAUACUAGUAAGAUAUGAUUCAUGAAAGUAUAUCAUUAAAAUAAAUAAAUAUAUUUGCGUCUAGUUUACUAAAGAUGACUUAACCUAAAUUAUGAAAUAAUUUUGAGCGUUUUUUCUUCUUGAUGAUUCUGGCAUUGGUCCAGACUUGUCUGGCAGUGUGUUGCAUGUCUGGCAGUGUUGCAUGUCUGAGAGUGUGUUGCAUGUCUGGCAGUAUGUUGCAUGCAAUACAACUGGUGAUAUUUAUCAAAUAAACAAUCUAUUAAUUCCUACCCACAGUUUUACUUUGCCACAAUACCACCUUGAUGGUCUUCCUGAAUGUCAUUUUUAAAAUAAGUAAGCAUAUCAUUAAGGUAAGUGAGCAUAUCAUUAAGAUAAGUGAGCAUAUCAUCAAGCCUAAAAGACUUAAAGGAAAAUCCCAAAUUUUUGCCACUUGGGUAGGCCCUGUGCCCCUCCCUAGAAAUAUCUGGGUGCCUGGCCUACGUUUCCUAAACAUCGAAGUGUACCUACCCCCUCGACGCAGGUGUUACAAAUGCCUGCACUAUGGCCAUGUUGCAGUAGCCUGUGAAAUUCUUGGUGUGGUAAGUGUGCUGGGACACU